AUGUCUUUACCUCAAAUCCAAAAGCCUGCUCCUGACUUUGCCGGUACCGCCGUCAAGGAUGGUUCCUUCGAGGAGAUCAAACUUGCCGACUACAAGGGAAAAUGGACCGUACUUCUCUUCUACCCCAUGGAUUUCACCUUCGUCUGCCCAACAGAAAUCCUCGCUUUCAACAAGGCCCUCCCUGAAUUCGCCGCCAUCGGUGCUGAGGUGAUCGGUGUUUCCACCGACUCCGAAUUCACCCACUUGGCUUGGUCUCAAACUAACAGAAAGGAAGGUGGCCUCGGUCCUGAUCUCAAGUUGACCUUGCUCGCCGACCGAAACCACGCCGCCUCCAAGGCUUACGGUGUCCUCCUCCCUGAGGAAGGUAUCGCCCUCCGAGGUACCUUCUUCAUCGACCCCAAGGGUACCCUCCGAGCCAUGCACGUCCACGAUUUACCCGUCGGUCGAUCCGUCGAGGAAUCAAUCCGAUUGAUCAAGGCUUUCCAAUUCACCGAUGAACACGGUGAAGUCUGCCCUGCCGGUUGGGAGGAAGGUAAAGAUACCAUCGAUACUUCCAACAAACUCAAGUACUUUGAGAAACAGUAA